GCGUGGAAGUUCCAACUUGAUUCUGAACGUUUAAACACUCGACUUUAUUGUACCGAUUUUCUUUUCAAGCAGUUGAAAGGCUAAGGUUACAGGAUGACUACCUACAUGGACAGAGGUGAAAAGCACGACCACGGCAAGUUCGUCUGUUUCGACCACAUCACAUUCUGGGUUGGAAAUGCCAAACAGGCAGCAUCUUACUAUUGUAACAAGCUUGGAUUUGAACCGUUGGCCUAUCGGGGUUUAGAGACAGGCUGCCGGGAUGUGGUGUCCCAUGUGGUCAAACAAGACAAGAUUAUUUAUGUAUUCGCAUCCGCUCUCAACCCUGGAAACAAAGAAAUGGGGGAGCAUUUGGUCAAACAUGGGGAUGGAGCCAAGGACAUUGCAUUCACUGUGGAGAACUGUGAUUACCUUGUGCAGAAAGCCAGAGAGCGUGGUGCCAUCAUAGUGAAAGAGCCGUAUGUACUGGAGGACAAAUAUGGCAGGGUAAAACUAGCUGUUCUCCAGACGUAUGGGGACACCACACACACAUUUGUGGAGAGGACUGCCUACAAUGGGCUGUUCCUCCCAGGGUUCCAUACUCCUCUCCACCGGGACCCCUUGUUGGCCAAGCUACCCAGUGGAUUACUGAACUUCAUUGACCAUGUUGUGGGGAACCAGCCGGAUGAUGAGAUGGUGCCUGUAGUGGAAUGGUACCAGAAAAACCUGCUCUUCCACCGGUUCUGGUCAGUAGACGACAAGCAGCUGCAGACAGACUUCAGUGCACUGCGCUCCAUUGUUGUGGCCAAUUAUGAAGAGACAGUGAAGAUGCCCAUUAAUGAGCCAGCCAUGGGUAAACGCAAGUCCCAGAUCCAGGAGUAUGUGGAGUACUAUGGUGGCCCAGGUGUCCAGCACAUCGCCAUGAACACAUCAGACAUCAUCACCGCAAUCCGUAACCUGAAGGAGCGUGGCAUGGAGUUCAUGUGUGUGCCAGACACCUACUACCAGCUGCUGAGAAAGAAUCUCCAACAAUCGCAAGUCAGGGUCACUGAGGACCUCGACAUUCUGGAGGAGCUGAAGAUCUUAGUGGAUUUUGAUGACAAUGGCUACCUGCUCCAGAUCUUCACCAAGCCUGUUCAGGACCGUCCCACAGUGUUCCUGGAGGUCAUUCAGAGACACAACCAUCAGGGCUUUGGUGCAGGCAACUUCAAGGCUCUUUUCGAGGCCAUCGAGGCAGACCAGAACGCUAGAGGAAACUUGACUAUCCUGAAACCUAAUGGAGUGUCUAACCAAAUUUGAAGUACCACUCUGAUUUACACAAUUGAUAUAAUGUCCAUCAUCUCUGAAACUUACAUUUAAUUUAGAACUAUUGAAAAUAAUUUGUUCAACAAUUUAUAUCUGAGGUGAACCAGAAUCUAGUUGAAUGACUUUGAUGGAUAAAUUGCUGCUCUAUGCACACACUAUUCAAAUUUAAAUUAUGAUUGACAUGCCUUCUGGAGUCAAACAUAGGAAUGAUUGUUAAUUAUUCAAAUAAUAUAGUGAUGCUAAAAUAACAUAAAAAUAUAUUUGACUUGAUGCCAAUUUUAAAUACAGUGAUUUCAGAAAGUAUUCAUACCCCUUGACUUAUUCCACAUUUUGUUGUGUUACAGCCUGAAUUCAAA